AUGUAAAUGCAUAUAAUUUACGAAACCUGACCAGCGAUGGUGGUUCGUGUGUAUGUUUCAAGCGACAUUCAUCCGAUGCGUCAUUUCUAAGCUAGCGUAACACCCACCAACAGCGAAAAUGGCGUUGCAAAACCAGGUUCUGUAUGCAAAAGACAGCGUUUUUAUUCACAUAAAUGUUUCUGAUGCAACAGAUAAAGAUGCUCAUAUACCUGGUCGUGUCUUUCUACUCCAUAAGUCUGACGGACACUAUAUUGAGUGGAAAGCUGAGGAAUUUCUCAACCUAGAAUCUCAGUCAGACCAAGACUGGGCAUUCAUUGGAGCAGUCAACUACAAAAAUGACAGAGAUUGCGAUACAGUGUCAGCAAACUCAAAGAUGGAUGUUCGGCGUAAGUACAACAUAAGCUUUGACGUGCUGGAUUUAAAGAGUUUCAAGCGAAGUGCACCAAACCAUGGAUGGGCAUAUAUUAUUUUCAUUCUGAAAGAUGGAACAACAUUUCCAGCCUUACAUUUUCACAAUGGAGGAAGCAAAGCUUUACUAAAGGAACUUGAAAAAUUUGUCCAUAUUCGCAGGUAUUAAAAUUUUGUGCUGCCAGAGUAUAUUCCUUCAGUUGUUCUUCGAAGCUUUUCUUCAGGAACCCUGUUUUCAGAUUCCUCAGGUCGCCUUGUUUCAAUUUUUCUCCAGAAUUUUAUCAGAGAUCCUUACACAACUACAAUGGGAAGUUUCUCCAAAGUCACCAACUUCCUGAGAGACGUUCUGAUGCAGUCUGAAAACCCUCUGACAAGGCCUCGAGAGGAAGUGGCAGAACUUCUGCAGGAUGACCUUCCAGGUAUGGAGGUCAGCCAACAGGAUGAACCAGGCUUUGAAGUCGUUAUCAAGACCAAACUGCCACCACGCCCACAAAUUCAAAGGGGAGAGCCACUAGAUGCACAGCAGUGGGCAUCACAUUUUGAUUCCGAAGGUUGUAUGACAGGAGUAGAGGAAUUGAAGGAAAUUAUCUUUAGAGGUGGUGUAGAUCCUUCCAUCCGCAGUGAGGUCUGGAAAUUCCUACUGGGGUAUUACACAUGGGAUUCCACUUUAAAAAAGCGGCAAGAAGAAAGAAAAAGAAAAGUGGAUGACUACUUCCGCAUGAAACUGCAGUGGAAAACCAUCAGUCUUGAGCAGGAGAGACGAUUUAGCUUGUUACGUGAACGAAAAGGUUUAAUUGAUAAGGAUGUGGCACGAACAGAUAGAACACAGAAAUUUUUCUCUGGAGAUCGCAAUCAGAAUCUUCAGGUGCUCUAUGAUAUACUUAUGACAUACUGCAUGUACAAUUUUGAUCUUGGCUAUGUCCAAGGAAUGAGUGAUUUAUUAUCACCAGUGCUGGUAGUAAUGGAAAACGAAGUUGAUGCCUUCUGGUGUUUUGCUGGACUCAUGGAACGCAUGUGUCACAACUUUGAGAUGGAUCAGGGUGGUAUGAAAUCCCAACUGGCAGAUCUUCACAAAUUAAUGCAAGUUUUUGAUCCAGAGCUUUGUACCUAUUUGGAAAGUCAUGAUUCUGGAAACUUUUAUUUUUGCUUUCGUUGGAUCCUCAUACAUUUUAAACGAGAAUUCCACUUUCAAGAGAUCCACAGACUUUGGGAGGUUCUUUGGACAGAUCUGCCAUGCAAAAACUUCCAUCUUAUUUUCUCCUUGGCCAUUUUGGAUGCAGAAAAAUCUACGCUGAUGGAGAACAAUUUUGGCUUCACAGAAAUAUUGAAGCACAUCAAUGAUAUCAGCCUUUCCAUACCACUAGAAGACACACUCAAAAGGGCAGAAGGCAUCUUCAUGCAGUUAAAACAGUAUAAGAAAUUGCCAAACACAAUAAAAGAAAUCUUUGGUCUUAUACCUGGGCCUUCACCUUCCACUUCACAAACGAGUUCUUCUGCCAUAAUUUCUGCUGUCAAUGAAACAAGCUCAGCCUUUGCAAAGGACCCUACAGCUGGCACUAACUGCACAACACCUACAACGCCAGAUGACAGUAGCAUAGAGAUUCUUACUGAUGCCAGUGACUCUGCUCUCUUGAAUUUUUAUCACUGACUUGAAAUGAAAUUGACUGAGUAUGGCAGUGUGAGAUCUAUGCAUGUCAUUAAAGACAAGACUAUUGUUUUUCAGGAGACAUUUUGUGGUAUGAAUGUUGUCUCUAGUGUUUUUAAAAGACGUGUCGAAAAAAAGAAUAUGGACUUGUUUUGAUACAACAGAUGUAAUACUUUCAAUCACUAAUGCUUAUAUUUAUUUAUAUUUAUAAUAUUGAAAUACUUUCAAAAUAUUGGGGUUUUUUGGUAUGUUAUUAAUUUUGGUCGAGAUAAGUUUGUAUUCAAAUGUGGAUUCAUUGAUCCAAGCUGUUGUUCAAAAACAUGAAAUCUUUCCAAAUAAGCAGUUCCUAUACAAAUGCUGUUACCAACAAUCCAUUGUAUUUUAUUUGGCCAUGUUAUUUUGUCAAUAUGUACUGCAAACCAGUCAGGUAAAGGGAAGACCAUGAUUUCAUCAGUAAUUCACUGCCCCAUUACUGUACUUAAUAAUGAUGAUAACAUGGUAAAUCAUUUUCAGAUUAAUGAAUGAUGCAAGUUGAGGAGAGAACAAUGAUUUUACUGGAAUAUCCAUUAACAGUUUAUGAGCAUUUUUGGCAGCUUGAAUGUUCAUAUUCUAAGGCAGUGGUUCUCAAAGUAUUUCGGACAGCGGACCACUUAAGUAAAAAAUAUGGCGGACCACCAAGGCCUAAAAAUCAGUCUGUACUACAAAUUUCAAAUUUCAAUUGCCGCAUUAGUUUCAUUACAAUUCAAAAUUAAAUGUCCUUUUGUGACAGUAGUAUAGUGAUAAGUUGACAUAAAACUACGUACCUCGUUAUUUUAAUGCGAGGAAUAUAUUACUUUAAACAUCACUUUGCUGACAUGUGACGACUGUCAGCCGCGGACCACCUGACUUAUGCCCAAGGACCACUAGUGGUCUGCGGACCACACUUUGAGAACCACUGUUCUAAGGUAUGCAAUGCAUUGGGAGUUUUUUUCUCUUAUGGAAUUGUGCCUAAAUUGUGAUAAAAAUGGUGAAUGAUACAAGACAUUCAGCAAGGAGGGGAGCAAGAAAAACUUUUGUAUUAUUAUUUGUUCAUUAAAAUAACAAUCAUUUCUCUUGGUUAAAAACUCCUUAAAGAAUUGUUCAUUUUAGAAUUGUGAUUUAUUGCAUUAGAAAGUGCCCUCUUACAUCAUUCCAUAGAUGCCCAAAAAUUAUCAUGCUACUCCAAAAGUACUAUAGAGUGUUUAUCCCCAAAACAUCGUCAUUAAUAAGCCACAACAGUUGCUAGUAAUUCCAGCUAAUUAUGGAUUGUUAAGUAUUCAAGAGUUGUAUAUAACUCUUACCUUGCAAGUAAAGGAGACGGAAAGUGGUCCAAUGGUCAUUGUGCUUUAUUGGUAUUAAAAACUCUUGGCAUA